UAACCACGAAUUCUUCUAUCUCAAAGGAUUGGUUUGAGUUGACCACGGAAAACAAUCGCCCAAACCAUAAACAAAAACGCAGAGAGUGAUGACGGCGCAGCUGACUCAGCUCGGCGCCCGGCCGGCGCGCGCACAUGGAUGCUCCUACAUAGCUGGCGAAGUGAGGCCCCAAUAAUCUCGCUCCCACCUCUCUCCCUCGAUCUCGCCAGCCAUGGCGGGCGGCGGUCCGUGGCUGGAGCGUUACGGACCGAGCGUGGGGAUGGUGCUGGUGCAGCUGUUCUACGCGCUGGUGGACGUGGCGCUCAAGACGGCGUCCCGGGUGGGGAUGCGGCCCAUCGUCUUCGUCACCUACCGCCAGGGGAUCGCCGCUGCCACGCUCCUCCUCGCCUCCUUCGCCGCCAGGGGCUGCACGCUGCGGCCCAUGGCCGUCGGCGCGCGGGCCUUCGGGCUCAUCUUCGCGGCAUCCCUAGCCACCGCGACUGGGCAGUACUUCUACCUCGAGGGGCUGCUCCUGGCGUCUCCGUCCAUGGCCAGGGCCACCACCAACCUCGCCCCCGGCAUCACCUUCGCCAUCGCCGCCGUCAUCGGGUUAGAGAAGGUGGAUAUCAGAAACCUGAGAAACGUCGCCAAGAUCGUCGGCACCGCCAUCUGCCUCGCUGGAGCAAUGUUCAUGGCGUUCUUCAAGGGUCCCAAGCUCCUCGGCGCGGUUCUUCGCUCGCCGACUAGCGACUGGGUGAAAGGAGGGGUUUAUCUCGUCGGAAAUGCUGUCUGCGUCGCCAUCUGGUACAUCUUCCAGGUAACUAAUUGCAGCGAUGCUUGCAAUCGCCCUGCAUCGGCAAGAUUCAACGCGCUAUUGCUGGGGUUUAAGGUGACUGAUCAAGUGAUGGUGUGGUUUCAGGUGCCCGUCUGCAAAAAGUACCUUGAUCCCCUGUCUCUGGCGACCUGGAUGUGCUUUUUAGCGACCUUGCAGUGCGCGGUGAUGGCCUUCUUCCUGGAGCCAAACUACUUGCAAAUUUGGAAGCUCACCUCGUUCUGGGAGUUCCCCUGCAUCUUAUAUGGAGGAGUAUUUGCCUCCGGCGCAAACUUUUUCAUCCAAUCCUGGUGCAUAUCAGUGAAAGGCCCCCUUUACAGCGCAAUCUUUACGCCCCUGAGUGCAGUGAUCACAGCAAUGUUAUCUACACUCUUCCUGCAUGAAGAACUCCAUAUUGGAAGCGUAUUAGGAGCUAUCACUAUCAUUGUCGGCUUGUAUGUGGUGCUGUGGGGCAAAGCAGAUGACGCGAAGAGCGAGAGUCUGGCAAUCCAUUCUAGUGGUUCCAAAGGAGGUGUAGAUUCAGACUGUAUCGGUGUUUCGAUAGAGCCUCGGACCAAUCUUUCAGAACCAUUGUUGCCUGAGCCUGACAACGGUAAUAGUAAUAAUCAGACACGUUGAGUACAUUUUUCCUUUUUUUUUCUUUUCACGUAAGGCUAAUUCUAUUCUUCAAGAUACACCGGAGAACGGCAUAUCAUUUUAGAUAUGCUAGCGAUAGUUGCGAUGUUUCAUGUCAGUGUAAAGCUUUCCAAAGGAAUUAAGAUUUGAGGUAUAUUUUCAUUUACCAAAAA